AAGCGAUUCCUCUUACCUAUUUACAAGCUAGCCACCUCACUUUUUUUUUUUUUUGCAACCUCAUUGUAUUGCUUGAUUCCACACACUCGAUCUUUUGAACUUUAAUUUUCUCUACUCUUCUCUUUCUGUUGCUUAUUUCUCCCAAAUUAUACACAAUGCGCGCACCCACAGCAUUCCUUGCCAUCGGCCUCCUGGUCACCGCCGCCGCCGCCGCACCCUCGAGGAACAUAUACGCGCGCGAUCAGGCAAAGGACCAGGCAAAUGAUCAGCCCACAUAUGAGCGCAUCGCGGCUGUGCCUGCGCUCUUGGAGAUUGCCCCCGACUCCGGCUCUUGCGCUCCCGAGCUAACCGGGUGUGCGACCGCCGAGCAGGUCGCCCCCCUGCUCGCUGAGGCCCUGAGGGAUUACAACUUCCACGAGAGCCCUUGGGAGAUGGCAGCCGUAAUCUCGUUGACGGUCCACGAGAGUGCUCAGUUCAAGUACAGAGCUCCGGCCAAUGCCCAGCACGCCGAGGAGUUCCCCCUCAAGGGUACCUCCAACAUGCAAAGCGCAGAUUUCAACUAUAAAUUCGCCAAGUCUUUGCCCGCCAUCGCCAAGGAGGUCAACGACAUCGUCAAGGACGCCCCCAGCGGCGCCAGCCUCACCAAGGACCAGAUGAAGAGUCUCCUCAAGGUCCUGCAAAGGGACGAGACCAACUUCGCCUCGGGAGCCUGGUUCCUCCGCAACCAGUGCUCCGAGACAAUCCGCAACGGCAUCAAGACCGGCACCCGCAAGGGCUGGGUCGACUACAUCGGCAACUGCGUCGGCGUCAAGGAGAACGCCCAAGACCCCGAGUGGCAGAAACGGGAGGCUUACUGGAACAAGACCGUCAAGGCUAUGAAGCUGACCAUCAAGACUUGAAAAAAGGGACGUCUCUAGUAGUAUUUUUUUUUUCUUUUUUUUUUUUUUUGCUUU